AUGGGUGCGGCGAAGAGUGCUGUGAAUUCGAUAUUGAAUGACCUGGUGACGGUACUGAACAGCUAUGGAGCGGAGUACGACUUAGGCGGUCUGCAAGUUAGGGAGGAAACGGAUUGGAACACAAGGAAGAGGCUCGGUGUUACAGUCGAACAGAGCAUGGUGGUAAAGGUUACAAAAGGUAGCCAGGACCCUGCCCGCAGCGAGGACGCUACUCAGAAAGUGUCUACGGCCCAGGAAGUUUCGGCUCUGAUGAUUGAGGAUAUACUAUCAGUUCCCUCAUCUGAGAGCAUACGGAUACAGUCCGUGGGCCCCUAUUUAGGUGACGCCGAGUCUGCAAAACAGGACGCGCUUGCCAAAGCCACGCAAAAUUGCAUCGAUCGCGGCAUGGUCAUUGCGAAAGUCUUCAAUCGGAGCCUGGACCUUGGAGACGUGCGUGUUGAAAUGCUGCACGACGAAGGGUUUUCCACCUUCCGAUCUACGCUCGAGACUAGCAGAGCUCCGGCAAGUCUGGGCACCUCAGAUGCUGUCACCAUUUCGGCUCGAGUCAAAUGUACCUUUGACUCCUGA